CCCCUUCCUAGACAGCCAGACCCACAAUGGCAGAGCUGCCCACACCAGAGACGCCGGGGAACCCUGCUCUGUGCAGUGGGCGGUUUACCAUCAGCACGCUGCUGGGGGGUGAUGAGCCCCCGCCACCAGCUGCCUAUGACAGCAGCCACCCCAGCCACCUGACCCAUGGCAGCACCUUCUACAUGCGAACCUUUGGCUACAACACUAUUGAUGUGGUCCCCGCCUACGAGCACUAUGCCAACAGCGCCCUGCCUGGAGAGCCCCGAAAGGUCCGGCCCACGCUGGCCGACCUGCACUCCUUCCUCAAGCAGGAAGGCAGACACCUGCACUCCCUGGCCUUUGACAGUCGGCCCAGCCAUGAGAUGACCGAUGGACUGGUGGAGGACGAGGCAGGAACCAGCAGUGGGAAAAGUCCUGGAGAGCCCGUGCGCUUUGGCUGGGUCAAGGGGGUGAUGAUCCGUUGCAUGCUCAACAUCUGGGGCGUGAUCCUCUACCUGCGGCUGCCCUGGAUCACGGCCCAGGCAGGCAUUGUCUUGACCUGGAUUAUCAUCCUGCUCUCUGUCACGGUGACCUCCAUCACAGGACUCUCCAUCUCAGCCAUCUCCACAAAUGGCAAGGUCAAGUCAGGUGGCACCUACUUCCUCAUCUCCCGGAGUCUGGGUCCAGAGUUAGGGGGCUCUAUCGGCCUCAUUUUCGCUUUUGCCAACGCCGUGGGUGUGGCCAUGCACACUGUGGGCUUUGCGGAGACCGUCCGUGAUCUGCUCCAGGAGUACGGCACACCCAUCGUGGACCCUAUUGAUGACAUCCGCAUCAUCGGUGUGGUCACGGUCACCGUGCUGCUGGCCAUCUCCCUGGCUGGCAUGGAGUGGGAGUCCAAGGCCCAGGUGUUAUUCUUCCUUGUCAUCAUGGUCUCCUUCGCCAACUACUUGGUGGGGACGCUGAUCCCCCCCUCUGAGGACAAGGCCUCCAAAGGCUUCUUCAGCUACCGGGGGGACAUUUUUGUCCAGAACUUGGUGCCUGAUUGGCGAGGCCCGGACGGCAGCUUCUUCGGGAUGUUCUCCAUUUUCUUCCCCUCAGCCACGGGAAUUCUGGCAGGGGCCAACAUCUCCGGGGACCUCAAGGACCCUGCUAUAGCCAUUCCCAAAGGGACACUCAUGGCCAUCUUUUGGACCACCAUCUCCUACCUGGCCAUCUCAGCCACCAUUGGCUCCUGCGUGGUACGCGAUGCCUCUGGGGUCUUGAACGACACGGUGACCCCGGGCUGGGGUGCCUGCGAGGGGCUGGCCUGUGGCUACGGCUGGAACUUCACCGAGUGCUCCCGGCAGCACAGCUGCCGCUACGGCCUCAUCAACUAUUACCAGACCAUGAGCAUGGUGUCAGGCUUCGCGCCCCUGAUCACUGCCGGCAUCUUCGGGGCCACCCUCUCCUCUGCCCUGGCCUGCCUCGUCUCCGCAGCCAAAGUCUUCCAGUGCCUAUGUAUGGACCAGCUGUACCCUCUGAUCGGCUUCUUCGGCAAAGGCUACGGCAAGAACAAUGAGCCUGUCCGUGGCUAUCUGCUGGCCUAUGCCAUCGCCGUGGCCUUCAUCAUCAUUGCUGAGCUCAACACCAUAGCCCCCAUCAUUUCCAACUUCUUCCUGUGCUCCUACGCCCUUAUCAACUUCAGCUGCUUCCACGCCUCCAUCACCAACUCGCCCGGGUGGAGACCCUCCUUCCGAUACUACAGCAAGUGGGCGGCGCUGUUCGGGGCGGUCAUCUCUGUGGUCAUCAUGUUCCUCCUCACCUGGAAGGCGGCCCUCAUCGCCAUUGGCGUCGUGCUCUUCCUUCUGUUCUACGUGAUCUACAAGAAGCCAGAGGUAAACUGGGGCUCUUCGGUGCAGGCUGGCUCCUACAACCUGGCCCUCAGCUACUCCGUGGGCCUCAACGAGGUAGAAGACCACAUCAAGAACUACCGCCCCCAGUGCCUGGUGCUCACAGGGCCCCCCAACUUCCGCCCAGCCCUGGUGGACUUUGUGGGCACCUUCACCCGGAACCUCAGCCUAAUGAUCUGCGGCCACGUGCUCAUUGGACCCCGCAAGCAGAGGAUGCCUGAGCUCCGGCUAAUCGCCAAUGGACACACCAAGUGGCUGAACAAGAGGAAGAUCAAGGCCUUCUACUCGGACGUCAUUGCAGAGGACCUCCGCAGUGGUGUGCAGAUUCUUAUGCAGGUGCCCGAUGCCUUUGACUUCAACUACGGUGUGUGCGUCAUGAGGAUGCGGGAAGGGCUCAACGUCUCAGAGGUGAUGCAGGCACACAUUAACCCCGUGUUUGAUCCAGCAGAGGACAGCAAGGACUCCAGUGCCAACGGAGCCAGGCCGUCUGUCUGCGGUGCACUGGACCCUGAGGCCCUGGUGCGGGAGGAGCAGGCCAGCACCAUCUUCCAGUCGGAGCAAGGCAAGAAGACCAUUGACAUCUACUGGCUGUUUGAUGAUGGAGGCCUCACCCUCCUCAUCCCCUACCUCCUGGGCCGCAAGAAGAGGUGGAGGAAAUGCAAGAUCCGCGUGUUCGUUGGGGGCCAGAUCAAUAGGAUGGACCAGGAGCGGAAGGCGAUCAUUUCUCUGCUGAGCAAGUUCCGAUUGGGAUUCCACGAAGUUCACAUCCUCCCCGACAUCAACCAGAAGCCACGGGCUGAGCACACCAAGCGGUUUGAGGACAUGAUUGCGCCCUUCCGCCUGAAUGAUGGCUUCAAAGAUGAGGCUACUGUCACAGAGAUGAGGCGGGACUGUCCCUGGAAGAUCUCAGAUGAGGAGAUUAACAAGAACAGAGUCAAGUCCCGGGACGCGGCUCUGAUCGUCAUCACCUUGCCCGUGGGGAGAAAGGGGAAGUGUCCGAGCUCGCUAUACAUGGCCUGGCUGGAGACCCUGUCCCAGGACCUCAGACCUCCAGUCAUCCUGAUCCGAGGAAACCAGGAAAACGUGCUCACCUUUUACUGCCAGUAACCUCAGGCCCCGCCACCCCUGCCUGAGGCCCAGAGCACGUGUUUAUGUGAUGAGCUGGAAUCGGACCUGCUCCAGUUCACGGGGUCAAGACUCAGAUAUUAUUGCACUUUAAGUGGUAGCAUCUGAUGAUCCCACUGAAAAAGACAGUAGAUUUCCAACUGUGGCCGACUGAACUCCACUUUUGCCAGGCAUGUCUGCUGGGCUUAUUUUUAUGGGCUGGAGGAGAAGCAGAUGGAGUCACUCCUCUAAAAUUACCUGGAGGGUCCUAUUCCUUUAAAAAGUUUUCUUUUGAUCCUAAUGACCAUUAAUUAAGAUUUCAGCCUUUGAUUUGUAUGUAAAUUUGAACCAGAGUACUGCAGGACAGUGGGCAGUUUCUAUGAACUUUUAAUGGCAGUGGUUUGGAAACAAGGCCUCCUUCCCCCAACUGUUAGGAGAAUGGGAGCCACACGUGUUGGGCCUGCACAGAGCUCCCAGGAACGCUGGGCUGGCAUCACAUCCACGCACAUGUCUCUGCACCUCUGACAUAAGGUGACCAGAUUUUAACACUGGUAAAG